GAUCAAAUCUUGACAAUGAGAAUGCAGAGCAUGGCUGAGACCCUGAGCAGUGUCAGCUCAUCGAGUCCUCAUCGAGUUCUUGUCGUCGGGUGUGCCUACGGCGGCGUCUCUGCUGUCGUCAACCUGCUGGAAUACUCACAAGGCAGGGCACGACAGAGUGUCUAUCCAGGCCCCGACUUCAAGGGCGCCCGCAGCAGGAGAGGUGUCGAGAUUACAGUCAUUGACGAGCGGGAUGGCUAUUUUCACUCGGUCGGUGCCCCCCUUGCACACGUUACCCCCAAGUACACAAGCCACAUGUGGAAGCGGUUCAGCCAUCUCAAUGAGCUGAAGCACCCCAACCUGCACUUCAGACAUGGAAGUGUAAAGAAGAUCAACCCCGAAGCCAAGGUUGCCGAGUGGCGCGACCGCAAUGGCCAGACGCAGCAACAAGCAUACGACUACCUCGUCAUGGCUACAGGCCUGAAGAGGCCAUUCCCUGCCGUGCCAAAGUCUGGGAGCUUCGACGAGUACCAGAGAGAUGGCAAGGCCUUCAUCGACAAGAUCACUGGUGGAGAUGCGUCCAAGUGCGAGGGAAGGCGGGUAGUCGUCAUUGGCGCUGGUGCCGUAGGCGUUGAGUUUGCCGCCGAGAUCAAGAACUACUACCCGCAAAUCGCCGUUACACUGGUACACUCAAGGAGCGAGGUUCUAUCAUCAGAGCCACUGCCGGCAGACGUGAAGGAGCGUGCAAGAAUCCUUCUCGAAGAAGAGGGCGUCACUCUCCGUCUCGGCAGCAGGGCCACCAUUACCGAUUUGCCAAACGGCCAGUACACGGUCACACUGGCAAACAACGAAAUAUUAACGGCCGACUUUGUCAUCGACUCGACCAAGAAGGGCACCCCAACCACCGACGUGCUGCCUGCUGAAUGUCUGAACAAGGACAAGGAAGUCAUGGUCCAUCAAUCCCUGAUGUUCAAAGACACAAUCGCAAAUGCUUCGUCCCACUUUGGCGUCGGCGAUGUUAUUGCCUGGACAGGUAUCAAGCGCGCAGGCAGCGCUACCGUCAUGGGCCAGGCUGCCGCACAAAACAUAUACGCAGCCAUGCUCAACUCGGAGCUCUCUCCUGCAUCCGAGCCCUACACCACCACCGAGCUGCCAGCAUGGGAUGCCGUCAUUGGCCUGGCUGUCGGCAAGCAAUGUCUGACGUACGAUCCCGUCAACGGCAUCAAGUACGGCGUCGACAUCAUGAAGAGCUACUUUGGCGACGACUUGGGCUGGGCUGCUAAUCUGAAAUACCUGGGGCUGACCGACGUGGUCGAGAGGGCAGACAGCCCUGUAGGAGACAUUGACGACACCAAAAUGUCCGACGUAGGUAUCAAGCCCGUGAGCGCGCAGGCAUAGACAGGCAUGUGGACAAGAGUCUACUUUGGCGUUUGGGGGAUUUAAAUGUUCGUCUUUCAGGCACAUUCAAGCAAUAUAUGUGCAUAGUAGCAUUGCUUUUGACGAA